CAUCCAUAUGGCAACAAGCCAACAAGCAACAACCACAAAUUAAUUUUGGGCGUCAUUAUUUCGCAUACACGACAGAUUCAAAAAUGUAGCCCGAAUAACCCCAUGGGCGACCAAAACAAACAGUCACAUGCUUGAAAACUUUCACAUUGUAUUAAUCUGGCCCAAAUUGCCAUAUUAGGCGUCGGAAUAUUUUCUGCCGCCCUAUAUGCGAACAAUGGCUUUACAUAAUGUGUCGCCUUUCUCUUCCUUUAUCUCUUCUCCACUUCUUUAAGCCCUAAAAAUCGGAUAUGCAAAGCCUCCGCCUGCGAAGAAGUACCUGACAAUCUUCUACAAAGAGAUUGGGGAUCCGUAAGCCUACGACCAGGGACAAGAAUUUUGACUUUCAGGAAAUAAAUCAGCAUUGAAAAAUGGCUCCAUCUUCAACAAGGGCUUCGAGAAAACCAGACAAAAGAUCAUGCAGAAAACCAUGCAGAAAAGACAUGGAAAAAAUCAUGGCUGUUGAAGAAACUCAAUCCCCUUUGACACAAUGUGAGACAAGUGCAUUAAAUGUUGAUCAGGGAACUAAGUUGUCAAAAUCGGGCAAAAGAUCAUGCAGAAAACCACGCAGAAAAGUCAUGGAAAAAGAUAUGGCUGCUCAAGAAACUAAAUUGUCUUUGACACGAAGUGACACUAGUGCACCCAAUAGUGAUCAGGAAACUAAAUUGACAUAUAGACAGAAUCGAAGACUGCAACAAGCUACAAGAGCAGCUACAACAAAAGAAUAUUAUAAACGUGGGCCAACUAGAGGUUUAAAAUCACACCGUUGGAGGAGAAAACACCCAACUGAAAAGCCAUAUGCAAAAAUCUCAGAUUCAAUGCGAUGUGUAACUGGUGAAAGGGCUGCUGAGUUUAUUAGUGACUGUAGCAGAUGGGUUAGAGAGUAUUGUCCUCUCAAAGCUAUAAAUUGGGUUCGGAUGGAUCCAAAAUGCAAGGAAAGGCUAUACUCUAAGAUUCAGGAAGAAUGGAAUUUGCCAAAAUACGUUGACGGUGUCGAUGUGAAAGUUAUACUGAAACGCCAAUGUGCAGCUCUUUAUCGAGGUUGGCGAUAUCGGUUGAAGGAGAAAUAUUAUACAGGUUAUUCAAAUGCUGCAGCAAAAGCAAACAAGCCUCCUGAGAUAGAUGCUAGCGACUGGAAUUGGCUGAUUGAUCACUAUUGGAGUGAUCCUAAAAACCAGAGCAUAAGCGAAAAAAAUAAGAUGAUUAGGUUGAAGCAAACAAUAAGACAUUCUAAUGGAGCUAAGUCUACUGCAAGAAUUUUGGAUGAAAUGAUGAGUGAACCUUUAUCUAUAACCCAACCUUUACAACAAGAUAGUGAUGAACGUCAUGAGCAUGCACCUCAGACACAAGCUGAUGUAGAACCAUUAUAUGUGAGGCUAUAUGAAAGAACUCAUAGGCAUGCUGAAACUGGAUUAGACCUUGAUGCAGAGGCCAAUCUUAAAGCUUUAAGGGACUUGCACCGUACGGAAAUUCGCAAAAAUGGUGUCGAUAACCUCACACCUCAGGAAGCGUAUUCAAGAGUCUUCAAGAACCCUAGUGGUCUAAAAUUGGCAAAAAGUGGAGUACUUGGGGCUACUAAAGUUAGGGAAAAAUUCCAAGAAUUGGAGCAAGCAUCUACUCAGCGAGAGUCCGCCCUCCAUGCUGAAAUUCAAAAUCUUAAUGCUGAAAUAGAAAAGAUGAAACAAGAAAGCUUGGAGAGAGAAAACAAGAUGAAACAAGAAAUGAUUGAUAGAGAGAACAAGUUAAGACAAGAUAUCAUUGCAGAGAUGGCAAAAAUUAUGCGUGGUUCAUCUUGAUUUGGCACAAUGAUUUUUUGUAAAGUUUGUUGAUACCUCCUUGGAUGUUUUCGGAAAAAAAAAUCAUUAAAAAUGUAUUUUGGUGAGUCUCAAAUGUGUAUGGGCAGUUUGGCGAUUAUUUUUUAGCAAGUGUAGUGGAAGGUUUAUGAUAUUUGUGAGCUGAGGUUUUUCGUAUGCAACUAAGUUCAAGUUAUACAAGCAUAACACUUGCUCUUUGUAUAUUUCUUUUUCUAUAUUUGUUUCUUUUUUUGGCUAGCUAAAAAAUGAGAGGAUUAGAUUUGGUUUUUUACUAAGUUCGCCAUUGGAUUAGAAGUGAUGCCAAACCUCAAAGUUGACUUUGGCCGAUGACCUAAAUCACGCCUAAGAACUCUGUCGCCAAAGUUAAGAGUUUGUGCCACAUUAAAAAUUGAUAUCGAAGUUCUGUUUUAAUUGUGCCACAAUUGUAGAAGUGACUUCCAUAACAAUAUUUAUGGGCCAAACUCAUAUACUAUAUUCUACUAUCAAAUAAAUAUCGCUCAAACUGUCAAUAAAUGUCACCCAAAUUCUCAAUAAGUUCCUAAAACAUAAAUAUUAUCGUUCAAUUCUAAACUUAUGUGCGACCAUUCCAGAAUGAUGUCCAUACUUUAAAUGUGUGUUUCACACUUUCAAGCCUAGGGUAUACUUUAGCAACCGGUUGUCUUUUGAGAGAUUGUCUCUUUGAAUUUGAGAGACAUCUCUCAGGCCCAACACUUAGAGCUUAAUUAAACUAAAAGAUGAUAAUGGGCUUAUCAAAUUAGAGAUGGUUCCUCCAAGAGAUUGUCUCUCACAAAAAUUUAUAAUAUUUUAGGCGGCAAAAACAAAAUGUGUAGUAUUGUAGAUUAGAAUUAGAAUUUUAAAAAUAAUAUUUAGGGCCUUGAAACGUGUUUAAAUUGUAUUUUCUCCAUUUUAUAGUUGUGUGCAUAAAACAAGAAUUUUGAAAAAAUUGAGCGAAAAAAAAAAAAAGAAUUCAAUAACCGAAAAACCAAACUAUUUCAAAAACUGAGCGUGA